ACAUAAUUGUCGCCUCAAUAGCUUGAAUUAAUAACAAUUAAAAGUUUAAUAAUUGUUACUGUUUAAAAAACAAAAUAAAAAUAUAAAUAUAAUAAAAAAAGAAAAAGAUGCCGUUUGUUGUACGUAAAAUAGAGCCACGGUACAUUGGACGUGGGCACGUACCGCAAGACAAUUCUUGCGUAGAAAUAUGGCCUGUUGGUGCGGAGCUUGAGGCAAUUAUAAAUGGUGCCCUUGCAUGUACUCUAAAACAACUAGCUUCGUUGUUAACAAAUGCUCAAGAUAUUUUUCAAGGGCUCAAUGAUGAAUUGGGUGAUGUUGCCAAUAGAAGUGGAAUUUUACGCCAAAGAAUUCAUCAACUUGAUAAUCAAUUAUCAACUAUUGAUCCGAAAAAAAUACCUGUCCCGGAAUCGGAUAUCAGCAGCUUUGCGUCAAGAAAAAAACACUUUAAAUCAUUACAAAAACCAUCUACUGGACUGUUUUCUGAAACAACCAGACCAGCAGCAUUGAAAAAAUUAUAUCAACAGGCUAGUGUUAUUGCCGUACGUAAUUUGGAUUAUUUAAAAAUAAAUCACAAUGGGAAUGAUACUACUGCUGUUGAGAUGUUUUUGUGUACUCCAAUUCUCGGUAAAAGAAGAAGAGAUCAAAGUUUAGAUAUUGAAUCUCGAGUUCCAGCGAUAUUUGACGACUUGAGAAGAUGGACUUCCAGUGAAGCUUUGGGAGAUAUAACAGUUCCACCAGAUUGUAUGUCUAGAAUUAUUCAAUCCAAUGAUAGUGAUUUUACUGGUGAUGAUGCCGUUGAUCAUAAAUUACCAAGUCCUGAAGAACAAGUUCAAGUGAUUGCAUUAAAAUUCCCAGCGGAAAUAGUUGCUGUUGAUAUUAGUGGAAAAGGAUUUGCUCGGAUGUCAAUGCGAAAAAAAUUAACAAUGGCUCAAAUAACAUCUGAAUUAAAUUUUGAUAAUGAUACAACCGUAAAACGACGAUCAAAAGUUCGACACAACACUAGUAGAUCAAAGAAUAAACGUAGAAAUACAAUUGCUGGAACAGAUGGUAAAGAAAUAAAACAAAAUAUUAUUCAAGAACCAUCUACAACAAAAACAGAUAAUGAUGAGGAUGAUAAUAUUAAAGAAACAAUUUAUAAAUCUAAAUCAACUAAAAAUCGUUGUGUUAGAUCAAUAAGUACAGAUAUAUUACAAGAACGUGAUACAGAAUUAACAAAAUGGAAUUUUGAUGCAUUUAAAGCUUGGGGUAGAUCAAGAUUACGAUCUAUGCGUCGGCAAUCCUCAGAUAUUGAUAAAAAUAUAAAAUCUACCGGUAAUUUUGGUAGUGCUGCUGAUAAUAGUAAUAAUAAUAACAAUAAUAAUAAUGCUAAUAAUACUCGUGAGGAUCCUAUACAUUCAAGUUCUGGUAAUUGGAGUGCAUCUUCUGAAAGUGGACGAACUAGCAGUAUUGGAAGUGAAAUAAUUUCAUCUAAUUUACCUGGAAGAUCAUCAUCCUCAUCAUCAUCAUCAAAAUUAUUGUCACACAAUCAUGGACGUAGAUUAAAAGGUCGUGAUACUCCAACAUCAUCAUCAGUAACAUCAGAAGCCAGUACAUUGACACCAGAUAUUAUUCAAGAUAUAAUUACCACCUAUCCCGGUGAUGAUUUUGAAACAGAAGGUGAAACUUGUUCUAUUUAUUCUUGUGAUACUGAAGGAUAUUAUACGUCAUUUCACAUGGAUUCUGGACUAAAAACAUUACGUGAAGAAGAACUUGCAGCAGCUAAUGCUAAUAUUAAUAAUAGCUUUAACAACGCUACCCACAAUUAUAAUACUACUACUACUACCACUACUGAUACUAAUGCUAUAAAAACAACAACAACAACAGCAGAUAUUGUCACUUUUAGUAAUCAAAAUUAUAAUCAAUUGUCAUGCAAUAAUCAAAAUGGAUUUGUUGAAAAUGAGUAUGAAUUAUUUGGACGUGGUUCAACGUCUACAACUACCAGCUCUGCUGGUACUGUUUGUACAACUUUAAUGGCUGGUGCUCCUCCUGUUCCACCUGAAAGAAAAUCCAGCUUGACUGUUGUUGCUAUGGUUCACGGACAAAAUGGUGGAGGUAAUUCACCAGACAGCGGACAUAAUACAUGCUCAUCUCCAGUAGAAUCUGCUUCUGCUUCAAGUCCAGCUUGUUAUACAGCGCGCUCCUGCUCUGAAUUAGAAUACUCUGAAUCAAGUGAUCUUGAAGGUUAUGAUAGAAUAGAACGUCUACGUAAUAAAACAGCAAUAAGCACAAACCGUAUUCCGUCCAUGUGUGUAAUAACUCCAUCUGGUUCAGAUGACGAACAAGCUCAAUCACAACAACAGCAGCAGCAACAACAACAUCCGGAUUUAAAUAAAAUAUUACAAUUACAUAAUACUAAUUCAAUAUCAUAUGAUGAAUUAGUAAAUACAAGUGUAGUUGGUGUUGGAAAUAAAAUAAAAACUUGUCAAGAUUCUGGCGACUAUGUUACCAUAGCCGAUUUUAGAAAUAAUAAAGACAGGUAUCGUCAAAAAAAUAUUACUCAAGUUUAUGCUAAUAUUGAGAGUAAAAAAUAUUCAUUAAAACAACAACAACAAUCACCAAAAAAAUCAAAAUUAUUACAAGAUGAAUUUGAAUCUGCCGAGUAUGUUAGUCUUAGCGAUUUACCAAAAAAAUCAGACUGCUCGUUAGAAAGAAAAAGACGCCAAGGCGCUAGAGUUGUUUUAGAUUAUCAAGGAAAAGUUAUUUAUUCAUCAGAUAGUCUUAAAAGACGAAAGGAAUCACAUACUACAUUUAAUCCAGGUCCAUUCAUUAAAGAAUCAUCGCCAAUAGUUGCCGCUACUAAUCGAAAUGACAAAUCCCAUACUGUAUCACCAAGAGGUAUAAUUAAACCUCGAGCUUUUGUAAAUUUGGCUCAUCAGCAUCAACAAAAACAACAACAACAACAACAACAAUCAGAGUCAUCAAUUAUUAAUGAAAAAACAAAAAGGACGGCAACAUCAUUAGCAUCAACAGCAUCAACAGCAACACUAGCAGAGCUUGAGGAAGUUAAAAUUGAGGAGAAAAUUAAGGAGGAAGAUACUAAUUGGAUACACAGUCAAGAUAAAGUUGAUAGCCAUAGAGAAAAAAAAUUACAAGAUGAAAAGAAUAAUAUUAGCACUAUUAAUUAUAAAAAAAAUUUAUCAUUAGCGAAUAAAAAAAGACAAUACAGUGAUGGAUUAUCAUCAGGAGAAAUGUAUCAUAAAUCUGUAGUAGAGCUUGCUACACCAGAUAUAACACGAAAUCUUGGUAAUAAUUUGAUAAAUAAUUCUCAAAUCGAAUUACAAGAUAAUAAAAAUAAAAUUUAUAAUAACAAAAAAUAUGAAAAUAAUCAAAGUCAACGGUAUUUAAUGCCGUUAAAUUUGAAUACCUAUGAUGGUAAUGGUCAAAUUGCAACAUCUUCUCCGGUCUCUCAAAAGUUUAAAGAAAAUCAACCGUCUGAAAAAAUGAAUAUUGAUCGUUUGGAACGUUUGGAACGUUUAGAACGUUUAGAACGUAAAGAUUUUUUAAAUAAUUCAACAUUAUCACCAAUACCGUCUUCUAAUAGUUUUUAUUCUUCAUCAUCAUCGAUUAACAGUUUAGUUAAAAAUAAUAAAACAAUGUCAAAUGAUGAAUUAUUCACAGCUAUAUAUAAAUCUAAACGAAAAUUAAAUAUUAAAAAUGACAGUGAAAUAUCUACUGGAUCAACAUCAGCAAAAACAAUUGAUGAUUCAUUAAUUGAUAUAAGUAAUUAUGUACCUGAUGAUAAUAAUAAAAUAGGUACACGACACAGUUGGAGUCCAGAAUCACAAACUAAUAGUAUAAAAAAACUCGUAUCACCAAGUUGCAUUAAUCAAGAGAUGUCACCAAAAAAUACCAAAACAGCUGCUGCAGCCAUGACACGGCUUGAUUUUAAAAGACUGCUAUUACAACAGAGUACAAAAAAUAGAUCAAGCAGUUUGUCAGCUGCUGAACAAUUAAAAUUAUCAAAUCCAUCAAAUUCAUCAAAUUCAUCAAAUUCAUUAAAAGGAACUGGAAGGCAAGUAAAUUACGGUAUUAAUGAUAAUAAUAAUAAACAAACAACUGCUAAUAGUACAAUAACAAUUAAAAGUUUAAAUACUUUAUCAACACUUGAUCAACGAUAUAAUUCUUCAACUGGAUCGUAUUUGUCACGCGGUCAACAAAAAACAAUUUAUCCAAAUCCAUACCAAAUCAAUAAAUAUGAUUCUAUUAAUUCAUUUAAUUAUCAAAAAUCUAUUUGGAAGUAUCAAAUACCGCGUAGCAAUAUUUUAUCUUGUACAAUUAUUGAAGAUGUUGCUGCUGAAGAAACUGCUGUCAAACAAUUUUUAGAAUCUCCCCCAUCACCUUUAACUUUACCUUCCGCUACUAGCUCUUCCUCAUCAUCAUUCACACCAUCAGCAAUAUUAAUAAAUGAUAGUGAUAAUAACGUUAAUAAAAACAAACAAAUAUAUAAAAAUAAUUUUAAAUCAUCUGAAAAUAAUGAUAUAGAUAAUAUUUUUUCUAAUAAACUUUUUGAAUUUAACAAUUCAAGUAAUAAUGAUGAUAGCAAUAAUUCGAAACUUGUAUCAGCCCACUUUGAAGCUGAAUCAUUGAAAAAGCGUAAUAAUGAAUUGAAAGCUCAAUUUUUAUCAAAUAAUAAACUUGACAAUAAUAUUAUUAUAUUUGAUGAAAAAAAUCAAAUAAAAUCAGGACCAACGAAAGAUACUGCUGAUGUAAUAAUAAUAACACCACCAUCCGUAAUUCUUGAUAAUAUUACUAAUAAUUCUACAGUGUCGAGAAAUACCACUACAUCGGCACUUGAAACAGCAUUAUAAAUUUUAAUUAUUGGAUAAACAACAAAUAAUUGGUUUUUCUUUUCUUUUCAUUUAAUUAUUAAUUUUUUCGAAAAAAAAACCCAACUACUAAUUUAUUAAAAUUUAUUGUCU